CCCACAUUACUAUGUAGCAAUAUAGAGUGGGGCAAUGUACGGGUAGUCUUAAAUGAUUUAAUCGGGCUCCAGGGCUACAUUAUGAUAUUAUCAGGUCACCCCCAGGGUCAACCUUACCCUCUACAAUCACCUCCAGGGUGCCAAAAGCUCUCCAGGGCUCCCUUUCCUCGCUUUUUGUCCUCAUCCGAUGAUCCAAAUGUAUACCUAACCUUAGGUAACUAGCCUAACCUUAGGCCUCUUAUAUCAAUCACCAAUCAUGUCAUCCUUCAGUGCACUCUGGACACAGUUCUUCCCUCCUCGCAAUGGCGCCCCGCUCACUGAGUCUAAUCUACCUAGCCAGGCUGGCCGCGUCUUCAUUGUGACUGGAGGAUCCUCCGGUCUUGGGUUUGAGCUCACACGCAUUUUGUACCACGCCGGCGGGAAAGUGUAUGUCCUAACUAGGUCUAAAGAGCAUGCCGAGGAUGCAUUCACCCGUAUACAAUCUUCCCAAAGCAAACGACGAGAGAAUGCGCCGGAGCAGGAUGCGACCAAUACGCAAGGGAGUUUGGAAUUCAUCCAUAUGGAUUUAACGGAUUUUACUACCAUCAAGACGGCCGCGUGUGAAUUCCUCGAGCGUGAAGGCCCCGAUGGGCGUCUUGAUGUCUUGUUCAACAAUGCAGGUACUGGGGCUGUGAAAGACGCACCUCCCACUCGACAAGGACUCGAAUACCACUUUGCUGUCAACUCUCUAGGGCCAUACCUACUCACGCAACUGCUUAUUCCUAUUCUGUCAAGCACAGUCAGAAAGAGUCCCCAAGACAGCGUUCGGGUCGUCUGGCCAGCAUCUUGCCUCGUUGACUUGGGCAGUCCUAAAACGGGUAUCCGAAAGGAGUUUCUACAAAAUACUGAGAGUGUAAAGGACCAAAAUGAGUUGUACUCCACAUCCAAGACUGCGACCUGGUUCGUAGCCUCGGAAUUCGCCCGCCGUCAGGCCAACACGGGUAUUGUGCAAAUAGCGGGCAACCCGGGAAAUUAUAUCACAAACAUCUGGCGGAGCACAUCACGUUUACUAUACUACGUUCUUUGGCCUAUCCUUCGAGACCCAGUACACGGGGCUGAAACCUACCUCUGGAUGGGAUUCUCCCAAUCAGUUACCAUGGACGAUGCCGUCGCCGGACGCUAUGCAAUCUGCGACGGGAGGUGGCACCCUGGGCAAAGAGAAGAUCUCCUCCUUGCGUUGAGAUCAGUGGAAGAAGGAGGAUCGGGACGAGCCGCCGAAUACUUUGAUUGGUGCGCGGAGAAAGUAAGGGACUUUCUACAGUAAGACAACAUCUCGGCGAUCAUAUUUUCUCUUUUGUCAUGAUUGAAACUUGUCGAUGUCUUUUUAUAGCAGAAGCUAUGGCUUGGAUCUCUCAUAUAACUUGAAUCGCCGAUGCUAGUGUGCUAUACGAAUGCAAAAUGAGGCAACAUGUCCGA